AUGUCGGCGUCGAAGAAAAUUCUCGUCCUCGGCGGCGACGGCUUCUGCGGCUGGCCGACGGCGCUGCACCUCAGCGACAAGGGCCACGACGCGCGACGCCGGCGCCCAGAAAAACGCGCGAAAAAACGAGCCCCGCGCGCGCGCGCGCGCCGCCGCGCCGCGCAGGUGACGAUCGUCGACAACCUGAGCCGCCGCAACAUCGACACGGAGCUCGGCUGCGACUCGCUGACGCCCAUCACGCACCCCGAGGUGCGCCUCGAGGCCUGGAAGGAGCUCACGGGCAAGACCAUCCAUUUCGAGAAUUUGGACGUCGCGACCGAGUACGACAAGCUCGAGCUGCUCAUGAAGACGGUGCGGCCCGACUCCGUCGUCCACUUCGCGGAGCAGCGCGCGGCGCCCUACUCCCAGAAGGGCGCGAAGCAGAAGCGCUACACGGUCGACAACAACGUCUGCGGCACGCACAACCUCCUCGCGGCCGUCGUCGAGGCGGACUGCAACACGCACGUCGUGCACCUCGGCACGAUGGGCGUCUACGGCUACGGCACGUCGGGCGGCGAGAUCCCCGAGGGCUACAUCGACGUCAUCCUCCCCGGCGGCCGCGAGUCCAAGAUCCUCCACCCCGCGUACCCCGGCUCCGUCUACCACACGACCAAGUGCUUGGACGCGCUCCUCUUCCAGUUCUACAACAAGAACGACGGCGUCCGCGUCACGGACCUGCACCAGGGCAUCGUCUGGGGCACGAACACGCCCCUGACGGGCAUGGACGAGCGCCUCACGAACCGCUUCGACUACGACGGCGACUACGGCACGGUCCUGAACCGGUUCCUCAUGCAGGCGGCGCUCGGCGUGCCGCUCACGGUCUACGGCACGGGCGGCCAGACGCGGGGCUUCAUCCACGUCACGGACACGGCCAAGUGCAUCGAGCUCGCCAUCAACAACCCGCCCGCCGAGGGCGAGGGCGUCGAGAUCUUCAACCAGGUCGCGGAGACGCGCCGCGUCCGCGACAUCGCGGAGAUGAUUAGCUCGAACACGGGCGUGCCCGCGCGCUUCCUCGCGAACCCGCGCCAGGAGGCCGCGGAGAACGAGCUCGACGUGUCGAACCGCAAGUUCCGCGCGCUCGGCUUCGAGCCCACGCUCCUCAACGACAAGCUCUUCGAGGAGGUCCAGGACGUCACGAACAAGUACAAGGACCGCUGCAUCCCGACGAAGAUCCUCCCCGCGUCCUUCUGGAACAAGAAGCGCGCGCUCGCGGCCGAGGCUGACGGCGAGGCGCGGUCCGACAUCAAGCUCCCGGAGGCCGUCGCGAGCCGCUAG